AAAUUUGUUUAAACGAUGGACUUUUGCACCGAUCCGAUUUUUGAUCUAAAUCAAACCUGGUUCACUGCCAAACCUCGACUUUCGCCAUGCAUGAUCCAUGGAAUCCUGCCAGGAGUACCUACGGCUUUCCUGUGGAUCUCAUUUGCACCAUGGUUGUGGCUCAAUUGGCGAAAUCGGCAAUCUCAAGAAACCCGAAGCAGAUCUUCGCUUGACCUGCUCAAGAGGUUCUUGAAUGCCUUGGUGAUUGUGAACUUGAGCUUCCAGUUAACGGGCAGCAAUCGGACACCUUUGGAAGGUUUAUACGUAUCCCUGUUGAUUCCCACCCUCACCUUGGCCAUUUUGGUCUUAUUGGUUGAAUCAUAUUGUCGGCGAAUGUCGUCACCUAUCUUGACAACUUUUUGGUUAACUCUGGCUCUUGCCUCAAUACCUACGUUUGUGAAACAGUUUCAGGACAUACUCACUCAUUUCACCAUUCGCGGUAUUUUUGUUUUGGUCACCUUUGAGCCGGUGAUCAUUUUAACCGGAAUCUUAAAUUGCUUUGCCGACCAACGCUUCAACUCCGGAAAUCAGUGUUCAAAAGAGGAGACGUCCUCUUGGUUUUCCAAUGUGUUCUUCUACUGGGUCAAUUGCGUAGUUUGGAAUGGAGCGAGAGGAAAUUGGUCCCUGACGGACCUGCCGACCACUCUUCCGUUCAACCUUCGAUCCUCGUUCGCUGGGCUCAAACUGCGAAACAGCUUGAAUCAGCGGAAGGGAUUUUGGACAUCCUUACUCUGGCCGUACGUUGGAUCCUUAAUCCUGCCAACUAUUUUGGCUUUCGUCUACUAUACGCUAUCAUUUGCUCAGCCUCAGAUCUUGAAGCUAUUGAUUCUUCAUUUUCAAGACGAAUUGGACUUUGAAUGGCAUGGAUUGGUCCUGGCCAUCGGAUUGUUCGUCUUAGCUUUUGUAAGUUCGCUGAUCAAGGAGCAGAUUAGUGACAUGAUGAUCAAAGUGGGCAUCCAGAUGAAAAGCGCCUUGCUCGACCAGAUCUAUCACAAAGCCCUCACAUCGAAGGGUGUCCAAGAUACCGAGCAGUUCUCUAUUGGGGACAUUUCAAGUUUUCUCACUGUGGACGCUGAGCGUAUUUACACGUUCAUUCCCUAUUUUCAAAUGGUUUGGAGUGUACCAUACCAGGUUCUUGGAGCUACUGCAUUCCUUUACCUUGAGCUUGGACCCGCUGCAUUAGCCGGUUUGGCCACAUUAAUUCUCAUGAUCCCUAUAAGUGGGCUGGCCAGCAAGAAAUUGAAAAACUUGCAAGAGAUAGAGGCCCGGAUCCGGGACAAAAGGAUCAAAAUGACUGUGGAGACCAUUUCUGGGAUUAAAGUGAUCAAGAUAAAUGCUUGGGAGAGGCCCUAUAUCCGAAGAAUUCAAACGUCAAGACUUCAGGAGAUUAAUCUAAUGAGGCAGACUGCUUUUCCCAAGGCCAUCUCGAGCGCCGCUUUGAUUCUGGGUCCGCAUUUGUUCAUCAUGGUCGUAUUCGGAAUAUACGUUUCAACUUCUAAUGCUCACUUGACCUACGAAAGAGUGUUUGUCUCGUUGGCUUUAUUGGGUCUCAUGAAGUUCCCAAUCAUGAUGUACAAGAUGGUCCUCUCGGAAGGGGCGAAUCUUUGGGUGUCCAUACAAAGAAUUAAAGACUAUCUGGAAUUGGAAAAUAAUUUCCAACAAAACACCCCACUGAUGGCUCCGAUUGAGGAUGGUAACGCCCUGUCACUCAAGAAAGCAACCAUAUAUUCCGCUGCAAGAAAGACAUUGCUGAAGAAUGUGGACAUUAAAUUUCCCCAGGGAUCGCUCACCAUGAUUCAAGGUGCCACAGGCUCAGGGAAAUCGUCACUCCUGGCGUCUUUAGCUAGAGUCAAGUCCAUUAAUCGCGGAUACCUUCAGCAGAACGGUACAAUUGCUUUCGUUCCACAGAGUCCCUGGAUCCAAGACAAAUCUUUCAAGGAAAACAUUGUGUUUGGAGGCCAGAUCAACGACAGAUUUUAUCAGCAAGUUUUAGAGGGAUGUGCCCUUCUAAAAGAUUUGGAAUCUUUCGAAUUUUAUGACGACUCCAUUGUGGGGGAAAAUGGCAGUCGCCUUUCUGGUGGUCAGAAACAGCGCCUGGCUCUGGCCAGAGCGGUUUAUCAGCGGAGGGACAUAUAUCUCGUAGACGAUCCUCUGUCCUCGUUGGAUGAAUUGGUACGAAAUCAAGUUUUCUCCAAAGUUUUCAGUUCAGACUUUGGGCUCUUGCAAAACUCAACUCGGAUUAUGGUGACAAACCAGACGGAUUUGCUGAAAUACGCUGAUCAAGUAAUCCUUUUGGAAAACGGAACUGUUCACUCCACAUGGAAUAAACGAACCAAGUUGAACCCCUCAGUGCUAUACCCGCAACUCUAUAAGAAACCCACAGGAAGCGAUGUUCCAACCAGAGGAUCUGAUUCCAGCAAGGAGCUUGCGGUCGUCGGUCCCAUAAAAAUGAGGAACUAUUGGCAAUAUCUCAGACAUUUUGGCCACCUGAACUUCGCCGUUUCUCUCUUGCUUUUCAUUACAAUUCAAUUUGGACAAACUGGAGGCUCGAUAUGGCUAGCCAAAUGGACUGAGGUGGCUGGAACUCAGGGAUUGAGUGAACACAUGCUAUACUUGGGGAUCUUUGGUUUUUUUGGUAUUGUUAUGAUUCUGGCCAGCAUCCUAAAAGAUCUGCUCUUUAUCAACAGUUGUGCCAAAGCAUCAACGCACUUACAUACCGGAAUGGUUGAGGCUGUUUCCUUUAGUCCCAUGCGUUUUUUCGAGAAUAAUCCGAUUGGAAGGAUUGUCAACCGAUUCACUCAAGAUUUGGCCAUCACCGACCAAGCUGUACCAACUCUAGGCGCUCAUCUCUUUUGGGCCACCAGUCAAGUGGUGGCAGUUCUCAUUGUGAUAUGCUUGGCUAAUCCUUUCUUAGCCUUGGCCAGUAUUCCCUUCGGAUUGGUCUACUACAUGGUACAAAAAGUGUACAUUGCCUCAUCUCGGCAACUCAAGCGACUUGAGGCCCUAAGCAAAUCGCAAGUGUUGGCGCACUUCAAUGAAAGUUGGACCGGGAAAGACACUAUUGUCACAUUUCAUCGGCACAUUGUGUUUGAAUCCGAGUUUCAAGGCAAAGUCGACACUAAUGCUCUCUGCUUUUAUGUCAGUCAGGCCAUCAACAGGUGGUUGGGACUUGUUAUGGCCAACAUUGGGAGUGUUUCCAUCCUAGUGAUAUCCAUAGUGGCUGUGAUCGAGCGUGGGGCAAUCUCCGUGGGAUUAGCUUCGUUAGCUAUUACGUUCUCAUUCCAAUUGUCUGAGAACUUGAUUUUCAUGGUCCGCAUGAUUUGUGAACUGGAGAAGAACUUUGUGUCCGUGGAACGAGUGUUGGAAUAUUGCAAUUUGCCCAUGGAACCCAUUGAUCGUGACGAUAACCGCUCUAGCUUUCCGCGGAUCCAAAGAGGAACGAUUUCCUUUGAGCAUGUGGGUCUGAAGUACAUCUCCAAAUCGGAUUUCUCACUGAAGAACCUUUGCUUCAAUGUUCGAAGCCAAGAGAAAUUCGGGAUUAUCGGAAGAACAGGGGCUGGGAAGAGUUCAAUAAUAUCUGUUCUCUUCCGCUUGGAGAACCCCACCGUCGGUCGGGUGUUAUUGGAUGGUCAAGAUAUCAUGACCAUGCCUUUGUCGAAGCUUCGUCGGCAAAUGGCCAUCAUUCCUCAAGAUCCACUAAUUUUCUCAGGCUCGAUCAGGUUCAAUCUAGACCCUGACAUGGUCUUUGCAGAUAUUGAUUUGUGGACAGCUUUGGAGGCUGCGGAAAUUCACGACCUUGUUCGAAGACAGCCCGGGGGAUUAGAGGCUAUGAUCACUGGUCGGCCGGAUCAGUUUUCAGCCGGCCAGCGCCAACUCUUUUGUGUGGCUCGAGCCAUCUUGAAGCGGUCCAAAAUUGUUAUCCUAGAUGAGGUCACUAGUUUGGUAGACCACAAAACUGAAGCGAUUAUCCGGAGAACCAUUCAAACUCAGUUUAAGAAUUGUACGACAAUAAGCGUCAGUCACAAGCGUGAGGAGUGGACCGAUUUUGACCGCAUUAUGACCCUGGAUGAGGGAGUAAUUCAGUCGAUUGUGGUUCCAUCGGAGCCAUUGUUCUUAGUUGU